GUCACCAUUUACGUUUCAUAUAAUCCUAAUACACUAUACAAAACAUUAGAAAAGGUCAUUUAAUUGGUAAGGAGGCGAACUUGUCCACUUAUUAUAUAAAGCUGUGGAUUUGUGUAUGCAGCAUCAUGUCUGAUGAUGAAAGUAAACUAUUUCCGGUAAUUGACGUUGAUGGGAUAGCUAUUUACCGGACGUCACGUGAUAUUGACGUUGAUACAUUAGCAAGUGUAGGUAAAAAAGUAACGGAUGCGCUCUGCGAAUUUGGUGUCUGCUACAUCAAGAAUCAUGGUAUUGACCGGGGUUUCAUUGAUCAAUAUUUUGCUUUGGCAGAAGAAUUCUUUAAACAGCCAAGAGAGGUAAAAAUGAAGUAUGUACAUGGACCGAAACAAGAAUUCGGUUAUUAUCCGUAUGAACACGAAAAUCUAAAUACUCAACGACCAGGAGACUUGAAGGAGUCCUUUAAUUAUCAUCCUGUAGACGAUCAAGCAGACUGGGAAAAUAAAGAGUUUUAUAAAGCUUGUAAAGAGUUAUUUGAUCGUUGUACAACCUUUGGAAACAAUAUCCUAGACGCGCUGUCUCUAGGCCUAGGUCUAAACCAGAGGUUUUUAAGGGAUGAGCAUAGAUAUAUUGGUCAAAUGAAAAAUCUAUCGGCUUUGAGAACACUGUUUUAUCCACCAUUACCUUCAGAUAUCUCCGUAAAACAUGACCAAAUUCGUCUUGGUGAACAUUCUGAUUAUGGGACGGUUUCAUUUCUAUUUCAAGAUGAUGUCGGGGGACUAGAGGUCAACAUGCCGGGACAUGGGAUCGUACCAGUGACCCCUGUUCCCGGUACCAUUGUCUUGUUCGCUGCCGAUCUUCUUCAACGAUGGACUUCUGACUCGCUGACUGCCGUAAAGCAUAUGGUAAAUAUACCGGAAGUAGAAUCACAAAGAAGAAAGCCCAGGCAAUCAGUCGUGUUCUUCAUUAAUCCAGAUAAUGAAUGUAUUGUUAUAAUCUAA